UUUUAUUCGCCCGCGUCGCGCGACCAGUUCACGUCCGUCGACCGUCCGGUCUCGUCCGCCGAUCGUGUCAUCGUCGUUGCCGUCUUCGUUUGCCGGUCGCGUACGAAAUCGUUCCGCGUUUCUCGAUCGGGAAGUUAUCGUUUUAUUUUAUUUUUUUAUUUCUAUUACCGGCUUUUUCGUUAUUUUUGACUUUGCCGUGUCCAUCGACCAUUUACCGUUUGAAAUAAGUGGUGUCCGGUGUCGCCGAACGACGGAACAAAAACGCCUGGCGAACUUUUGGCGAAUUACAUUUUGUUUGAAACAAGAAAAUACAAUUUUAAUUAUCAUAGAACGUAGGCCAGUCAUGAGGGAACAACUACGGUUGGAGUCGCUUACGAACUUUCCGCGUAUUUCUCGGCCACAGCUGCCACUUCCGUCGUCGUCCGACCGCCACUGCCGCCACUGAUAGCUGGUAUCGUGCAACGCCCGUUAUCGCAACAUUAACGCGCCCGACGCCCGCACCACCGCCGACGUCCGACCCGUGACCGCUGACACCACCACCACCACCACCACAGAAACAACAACAGUGCUAAGGCACCGCAACAGCAGCCGCAUCGACACCGCUGCAAAAAUCACCACAACCGUCGCCCGACAAUGAAAAUCGCGUCGUACCUUUACCGCCGCAAGUCGGCACUGCUCAAAGGCCUGGUGCUCGGAUGCACCGUCUGGCUGACGGUCACCGUGCUGCUCUUCAUGGAAGACAGGCGUAUCACGCCCGCGUCCAACGACCCGUCCGCGGCCGGCGGCUAUCAGCAACAGCAACCGGUGGCCGCAGCGCAACGGCGUGUGCCCGACGACGCGGACGCCGACAACCGGUUGUUGGACGACGAGUUCCCGCUGGAGGGCGGCGUCGAACAGCAACCGGCCGCCCCGGUGGUCGUCCAGCAGCAGGCCAGCGGCCGGACGUCGUCGAGACGGUCCCAGGGCGGUGCCGCGGCCGCGGGCCUUCAGAACGGCGAGGGGGUGCUGCCGCAGCCGCACAGUGGUGGCGCGGACGACGAGGGCCGCAGAUCGUACGGCGAAAUGGGCAAACCGGUCGUGUUGCCCGCCAACCUGACGGCCGACGUCAAGAAGCUCGUCGACGAGGGCUGGAAGAACAACGCGUUCAACCAGUACGCCAGUGAUCUCAUAUCGCUGCACAGAACGUUGCCGGAUCCCAGAGACGAAUGGUGCAAAAAACCAGGCCGAUAUUUGGACAACCUACCCCAGACAUCUGUGAUCGUGUGUUUCCAUAACGAAGCGUGGUCCGUCUUACUGCGGACAGUGCAUUCCAUACUAGAUAGAUCGCCAGAACACCUCAUUCGAGAAAUUAUUCUAGUCGAUGACUUUUCUGAUAUGCCUCAUCUCAAAACUCAACUUGAGGAGUACUCGGAAAACUAUCCGAAAAUAAAAAUCGUCCGCGCCAAAAAAAGAGAAGGACUUAUACGAGCUAGGCUGAUGGGUGCGAGGUACGCAUCCGCGCCCGUUCUCACUUAUCUCGACUCGCAUUGCGAGUGUACCGAAGGAUGGCUAGAGCCAUUGUUGGACCGAAUUGCCCGCGAAGCGUCGACUGUCGUAUGUCCGGUGAUUGACGUAAUCGAUGAUUCGUCGCUGGAGUUCCACUACAGAGACGCCGGUGGCGUGAACGUAGGAGGAUUCGAUUGGAACUUGCAGUUCAAUUGGCAUGUUGUACCAGACAAAGAAAAAAAGCGUCACAAGAACGCCGCAGAACCGGUGUGGUCACCGACGAUGGCCGGUGGUCUGUUUGCCAUUGACAAAAAAUUCUUCGAACGACUCGGUACUUACGAUAGUGGUUUCGACAUAUGGGGAGGUGAAAAUUUAGAACUAUCAUUCAAGACGUGGAUGUGUGGUGGUACAUUGGAGAUAGUGCCGUGUUCACACGUCGGUCAUAUAUUUAGAAAAAGAUCACCUUACAAAUGGCGAACGGGCGUCAACGUUUUGAAGAAGAACUCCAUCCGUCUAGCCGAAGUGUGGAUGGACGAUUACGCUAAGUACUAUUACGAACGGAUCGGCAACGAUCUGGGUGAUUAUGGUGACAUUACGUCUCGCAAAGAUCUGAGAAGGAAGUUGAAGUGCAAGUCGUUCAAAUGGUAUUUGGAGAACAUAUACCCAGAACUUUUCAUACCAGGCGAUGCAGUAGCGUCUGGAGAGGUGCGCAAUUUAGGAUACGGCAACAAAACUUGUCUGGACUCACCAGCCAGAAAGACCGACCUCAACAAACCGGCUGGACUAUACCCCUGUCACAAAAUGGGUGGCAAUCAGUACUGGAUGCUCAGUAAGAUCGGCGAGAUCAGGAGGGACGAGUCGUGCUUGGACUACGCUGGCAACGACGUAAUCUUGUAUCCGUGCCACGGAUCUAAGGGUAACCAAUAUUGGAACUACAACCAUAAAACUAAACAGCUACGGCAUGGUAGCAGUAGAAAGUGUCUGACCAUCAAUAGCACCAAAGACAAGCUACUCAUGGAAGAAUGUGACUUAAUGUUGCCCAGGCAAAUGUGGCAGUUUGAAAACUAUAACGCGACGUUGGCUACCGAGGACAGUCACAUGAGGCAUUAAAGACUUCUAACGAAAAAUUACACUAGAAUUACUUCCUAUAUUAUUAUUAUUUUGUUUUUUAUUAAUUUUUUUUUGUUUUGAUCAAAAUUUUACCCAUUACAAAACUUCCACGCUCCGUCGAUGGUCGUUUAGUUUUUACGAUUAUUAUUAACAUGUAUACCUUUGUUCGAAAAAAACGAAACGUUGUCGCGCUCAAACAAAUCCAGCGACUUGUAAAUAAUACGCGUUCUUUUUUAUGUAAACUAUUUAUAUAUAUAUUGUCAUUUGAAUAAUUAUUAUCUCUAUGUAUUAUAAACUAUACAAUUGUACUUAAACAGUAUUUCGGUUAUACGACGAACAAAACAUUCCCUCGUGACAUUUCUACCUUUUUUUUUUUUAAUUUCGUCCAAAUUAUUUUUUGUUGAUAGGCAAUUUGUGUUGAUUAUUUUUAUUAUUAUUAUUUUCAGUGUACAUAUAUUAUAUCUGUGUAACGUACAUGUUAUGUUAUGAUAAAUAAUUAUAUUUAUAUUUAUAUAUAAUAUUAUAAACUAUUCGUGUGUACAUCUUUUCAGAAAUCAUGCGAACAAAGAUUAUACGAACGAUCAUUAUACUAUUGUGUAUUACUAUUUGAACAUAUAUAUAAUUAUUCCUUUUAAUUGUUAUUUAUAUUUAAUAAAAAUUGAUAAAAUAUAUUUAAACGA